GCCACAGUGACAUUUACCAUUCAUUUACCCUCUUCAUUAUAACUCUUAUCCUUCUGAGAGUUCAUCUCAUCCAAAGUGUAAAUGUGAUUAACAUGGUGUGUUGACAGUAAAUCCGCUGCGAGUCGGGGUCCUAUUCGUCCCGUCGGGAUUUAUUUUCUUAUACUGACCAGCGGACUAUAUAUUAUCCCUUACAUACAUACUAGCACACUUUGGUGGGUUGGAUUUGCUGAACUAAGAUAUUGGAGUGCGUUUAAAUUAAAUGAAUGUGGGGCAAAACCCCGCCCAUGGGUGGUGUUCUACAGAUCAAGACAAUAUUUAUCCAGCCAGGCGCAGGUAGUCCAGUGGUAAAGCUCGUUUAGAGGAAGCAUAUUCUCAGAUCUUCUUCUAUGUUCCAUACGAGGUGGCCUUGAAAUUAAACGACGGCAUUGCAAGAUUGUUUUUUUUUUCCCACGUGAAUAGAGUAUUGCCGGCGUCACGUGACAUUUUUGGAAAUUGCCUUCAAUGCUAUGUGAUGGCUUGGUGAUGCUCCUGGAGAAAAACAUCUUGGGACCAGUCGAGAGAUAAGCGAGCUGUAUCAAGGUUGGACAAGUAGCUCGCGCCCAUCUCCUUCCUUGUCGUUGGACUCAGCACCCCAGCACAACAGACAGGAAUGGAGAACCACAAGGAGUCCAGCAAGCUCAAUGGCGGGCCGUCUGAGUCAGGGGCCACGGACUCGGGUGGCUCUGGUCAGCCCAAGGAAAGCAUGCAGCUGAAGAAGGAGAUCUCACUGCUCAACGGUGUCAGCCUCAUUGUAGGUAACAUGAUUGGCUCUGGCAUCUUCGUGUCACCCAAGGGCGUGCUCAUCUACAGCGCCUCUUAUGGGCUGUCCCUGGUCAUCUGGGCCAUUGGGGGUAUCUUCUCUGUGAUCGGGGCACUGUGUUACGCUGAGCUGGGCACCACCAUCACUAAGUCAGGUGCCAGCUAUGCCUACAUCCUGGAGUCCUUUGGGGGAUUCAUCGCUUUCAUCCGACUGUGGACGUCACUGCUCAUCAUUGAGCCCACGAGCCAGGCCAUCAUUGCAAUCACAUUUGCCAACUACCUAGUGCAACCGCUCUUCCCCACCUGUGAGCCACCAUAUUCUGCCUCGCGCCUCAUCGCUGCUGCCUGCAUAUGUUUGCUGACGUUCAUAAACUCUGCCUAUGUAAAAUGGGGCACCAGAGUACAGGAUCUUUUCACCUAUGCCAAAGUCCUGGCUCUCAUCGUUAUCAUCAUCACAGGGAUUGUCAAACUCGCUCAAGGAAACACCGCGAACUUUGAGGCCUCCUUCCAGGGCUCAUCGACGAACCCAGGGGACAUAGCUUUAGCCUUAUACUCUGCACUCUUCUCCUACUCUGGCUGGGACACACUCAACUUUGUUACGGAGGAGAUCAAGAAUCCUGAGAGGAACUUGCCCUUGGCUAUUGCCAUCUCCAUGCCCAUCGUCACUGUCAUUUAUAUCCUGACCAAUGUGGCGUAUUAUGCUGUGCUGGACAUGAGUGCUAUCAUUGCCAGUGAUGCUGUAGCAGUGACAUUUGCGGACCACACCCUGGGGGUUAUGAGCUGGACCAUCCCCAUAGCAGUGGCUCUGUCCUGCUAUGGAGGACUGAAUGCCUCCAUCAUUGCUGCAUCCAGGCUGUUCUUUGUGGGGGCGCGAGAGGGUCAUCUGCCGGAUGCCUUGUCCAUGAUUCACAUGGAACGAUUCACUCCUGUCCCUGCCCUCCUCUUCAAUUGUGCCAUGGCACUGAUCUACCUGGCUGUGGAGGAUGUCUUCCUGCUCAUCAACUACUACAGUUUCAGCUACUGGUUCUUUGUGGGUCUGUCUAUUGCUGGUCAAAUCUACCUUCGCUGGAAGGAACCUGACCGACCCAGACCUCUGAAGCUAUCGUUGGUGUACCCCAUCAUCUUCUGCUUGUGUACGGUGUUCCUGGUGGCAGUACCCCUCUACUGUGACACACUGAACUCCCUAAUUGGCAUAGCAAUUGCCCUCUCUGGAGUGCCAGUUUAUUUCCUGGGCAUCUACACCCCAGAAUCCAAGCGACCACCUAUCAUCACAAAACUACUGCAUUCCAUCACACGUUUUACUCAGUUUACCUGCUUCUGCGUUCUCACUGAGAUGGACGUGAGUGAAUGAAGCCAUGUGUGAACUCACUACAACUACACCAAGUCACUCACUCUACCCGUCCCUAACACUGAGACCACAUGAGGAGGAAGGACUCCAAAUGGAUUUAUCUGACUAUUUUCUAUCAGAUUUGACUUGAUUAUAUCACAUAAACGUGCACUAAUCCACUUUCACCUGGUGGCCUGUACGUCACGGUCUGUUCUUCUGGGGAACAUGGAAUCACACACUCACCUACAUGCAGGUUGCACCCGUUCUGUCUUGCACGAGUCCGUUCAUGGGGCCUCAGCCCCUCUCAGGGACGUCAUUGGGGAACAGUGAUGCUGAACGCCUUAGGCUUCCUUCAGCCAACUGGACUGCUAAACAUUGAAGAAACCUGGGGUACUUCAGCCUGCCAUAUGAAGUGCCAGGGGCCUCUCCCCUCUCAGUGAGGAGAGGGAUAUGCUGGGUAGCAAUUAUGUAUGGGCGUUAUUGGCCAUGUGACCAUGUUAUUAUGGACUACUCUUUUGUUUUUUUUAAAUAGAACCUCUAAACUUUAUUUAUGCAGACUGUUUUUAAAGGGGGAAAUUAUUAGUUUUUACCAGACUUUUAAUGUUUUCAGUGUGUAUACAGUUUACAGAUUGUAAUGCAGCCAUCUAAUAGUAUUAAUAUACUGUGUCCUGUAAAUGUGUCUGUUCAGGAUUUCUUUGGGACUCUUAUUAAUCUAGUUUCAAGCCUUAAUCUAUAUGUGAAAUCCAGGGAAUGGGUCCUAAUUACUUACAAAAUCCUUUCAAUAUGCUGUUGUACAAAUUCACAUUUUGCCAAUUUUUUUUUAACUAUUUAUGUAAGCAUCACUUUAAUCAGCUUCUUUUAGGUGAUGUUAGGCAGAACCGGUUACAAGAAUGCAGAUCUUGGCAUUCUAUUCUGAUCACUUCUCGCUUACACCCCUUAUUUACAAAGUGUGUGUGUGUGUGGACCAUCAUUAUGCAGUAUCCAUUUUGAUGUCCCUCAUAAAUGGUCAAAGUUGAACUCAAAAUAAAUUUCAAGCAAUAGUU